CCGCCUUCUUCAAUUAAUCGUCUCUGAUUCUUCUUUUCUUCGCCUCCCUUUUUCUGGCGAGAACCUCAUGGCGGUUGACAAGGACUAUAAGAGAAGCGUCGGGAGCCAUGACGAUAGCAAGAAUUUUCCUCGUAGACAGACUGAGAAUCUAUUAUAAUUUUAUAUCCCCCUCCACCAUCAAAACUACUACUAAGUUCUCCAUCUCGUCACUACUUCCCCACGACAGACUUGCUUUUUAAAAAGUUUCUCGCUUGAAAAUUUAAAAAUGCAUCCCUCUACGCUCAUCAUUGUCAUCUCGGCAACCGUAUUGGCCCUACCGUUCCCGCUUCCGGCACUGGGCGGCAUAGGCGGUAUAUCCGACACAAUCGUAGGCACCAUCGAUAGUCUACUGGGAACAUCCAGUCGCCACAAUAAUCAUGGCGGUAGCACGGGGCACGCAUCCGAAUGUCGUCGCUACGAUACCGAGCCCAUCACAACAUGCAUAAAUAAAUGCGUAGACCUAUGCGAAGAUGGGGAUGCGGACUGCAGCGCUUGCAUGAAGGGAUGCUGUAAGUGUCCGUCCUUAUAGGAGCAUUUUACCAGGGCGUAGAUAUUUUUUCGAAGACUUUGCUGACUUGAGCGCUCUCUAGCUCGUAAGGAUUCUUGCGGCAAGCCCCGCGAUGAUAAUCCCAAGACCGGCCACCAAAACAGCACUGCGCAUCUAAACAAAUAUGGUGUCUGAAGUACAUCCGAGCGAAUAAUUUUACACAAUAACAGUAUGAAUCAUGAAGGUUAACGAACUAUCUAAAAUAAAUAUUUGGGAUUGUGAUAGAAGGGUUUACAAGAUACCAUCUGAUGAGCAAUGAAUGCAGGAGGCGUUGGGAUUAUAAGGCGAAAAAGAUACUACCAUAAUCAAUCUUUAAGAUUUUUGAGUUUCUCUGAUUUUCUUGCUUUUACGACUUGGAUAUUGCGAGU